GUGCUGAAGCUGCGCGUGCCUCUCAGGUCGCUACCAUAGAAAUCCACCCGAGCAUCCAUCCGGACCACAACGGGGAAUCCGGUUUCUUUCUUUUUUUCGACGGUCGGAAAAAACUGCUGCGAGAUGUCAGGAUGUUCCUGCCAGCUGUUUUAGCCCGAUUCGUCUCGCUUUAAACGCUCAAAAGAAACACUGAACUUAUUUUAUAUUACGGCUUUUCUUUCAGGCACAAUCUGACAAAAGCUGCCGCCGCGUUUCGCCGCUCCGCAUCCUUUAUGCACAGCACGCUGCUCCGGUCCUCCCCGACGAAACGCACCUUCGUGUCCGAGCACCAUGGCCCGUUCCCGGCGCUUUCGCUGAAAGACAUGGAAGCCAAACAACACCCGAUAAAGAGCCUGAAGAGCUACCCGGAAACCGGCGGCCGGAGCCUGGCAGCGGCGCCCGGAGGAGACGGAGGAGGAGGAGGAGGCGGCGGCGUCUUUCGAGCCGGCUCGGCUGAAAUGGACAUGGAGGCGAAGAUUCAGAAAGCCAUCGACUUCAAGGUGGAGGGUCACCGCUGCUACAAGGAGAAGAAAUUUCGGGAGGCGAUCGGCAAGUACCACCGGGCGCUGCUGCAACUCAAGGGGGUGCACGUCAUCGACGGGACGGCGGGCUCCGAGGUCAACCUGCUGAGCCAAGCCGGGACCAAGAUGACCGAGGACCAGCGGAGAGCCGUGGAGAGAACCGAGAUCGAGUGCUACGACAGCCUGACAGCGUGUCUGUUGCAGUCGGAGCUCGUUAACUAUGAGAGGGUGAAGGAGUACUGUCUGAAGGUGCUGAGCCACCAGAGAGACCACUUCAAGGCCAUGUACCGCGCCGGCAUCGCCUUCUACCACCUGGGGGACUACGAAUGUGCACUCCGCUACCUGCGCGACGCCAAGAACCGCGAACCCUCAGACACCAACGUGCUGCGGUACAUCCAGCUGACUGAGAUGAAGAUGAGCAAGAGUUGUCAGCGGGAGCGAGAGAGCGGCAAAGAGACGCAGGGCUAAACACCCGACCUUUUCGGACCUCCUGACCCCUCAACCUUUGACCCCCCCCCGGUUUCCCCAUCGACCCUUCCUUCCCUCGUCCGCUAUCGACUCCCGACAGCAGCGCAGACGGAAGAGAUGGCCGAGUCACCCGCCGGCGAUGGAUAAAAAACGGGAGACAUAUCAAGCUCUGACUGCAACCCAACCUCCCUUCUCCUCCCUCUUCUACUCGCUCUUUCCUCCCUCAGGUCGUGUGGCUCCUCCCCCUAGACGCAGACGGUUGAGCAAACUUAAAAAAAAAUGUAAAAAAUUGAAAUGCUGUAUUAUACUCGUAGGAAAGAGUCCUCGUGGUGGAAUGAAAAAGGACCAUUCAAAAUCGACAUUUGAAUCACGGACAGUUGCGUAAUUUGAAAAAAAAAAUGCAUUUGGUUUCUGCUCUCUGCUCUCUCUUUUUCUCUCCGCCUUCUCGCCAUCUUCUUUCCAACGGACAAUUCGAGGUGGGGAGGUGAGGACAGUGAAGGGGGUGGGUGUGUGGUGCGUGCGUGCGUGCGUGCGUGCGUGCGACACAUAUCAAGACCAUAGCCUCAUUUGAUUGUACGUCCCCACUACAGGGCUCACUCGGGCCGCAGACUAUGGGACGGACCAGCACGAGAAACCUUCAUCGAGUAGAGGAAACGCCUGCCUCUGUGCGUAAUCUAUCGCUCUACUGUCCCCUUUCUCUCCCGUAACCAUGUAACUUUUCAAUUCAAGGGCUAAUUCACGUGUUUGUAAACCGUACUAGGGUUUUUUUUAUUUGCUUUCGGUGUUCUUCAUACUCGGUGGUUAUUAGUUGUUGAAAGCAUCUGUGUGUACUGCGGUUCUUGCUGUCAUCAGGUGUACUAUUGUAGAAACCGGUGUAUCUUGAAUCUGUUGUCAUGUGUCGCCGUCUAGAAUGUGGAAGCCACUCCGCCCUCCCACGCCCCGCCCGCCCCGCCCUUUUCCUCCCGUUAACGAUGCCACAACGGGAAAAAGCCGAUGGGAUCAGAGUUCCAUCGCCCGUAACCGUUGGCUAUGAGGAAAUCCACUUUAAAGUUUCACAGCGAGAAACACUUUUCUAAACAGAGGUCCAACUUUUCAUCACGAGUGCUGAAGCUUCCCAGACAUCAAUAAGACACCUGGGAGACUCGAGGCAACGUCAGUGCAGAGAAAACAAUCACACACACGUGUGUCCCAGGCGGUGUCGACCGUAUCCUUAGAGCACUCCGCUUCAGUGCGCUUCAACAAGAGUGAGCCGUUUGAGCUCUCACAUUAGACAACACGACUGAUGAUGUGGUUUGUGGAUAUCCAUGGCUGGCUGUAAAAACAUACAUUAUCUGCUUCUCUGUGAAGACGAAUCACAAUACUAACAUUGCUCUCAUGACAGCUUUGCCACAGGCUUAAAUCUGCCCGUGCUGUUCUGCAUACGGUUGGAUUGAAGAUUCGUGAAAGCAUGACCUGAAUUUUCCCUUCUUUCUGACGCCAUGAAACCCAGUUUCCUCUUUCUCUUUUGCAAGUCCACCUCCUGCAUGUAAAGUGCGGCUCCAGAGAGUUGAUUUCAAAUGUAUGGGAUUGGGAUUAUACCUGCUCUGUUGCUUCCUGCCGUGGCAUGCGGCCACACUGCUCUCUCAUACCUCUAUUUCAACCAUUCUGCCCUUUAAAAACACAGAAGGUGGCAACAGGCUACGAUCACUGCAGCAGAAUAGGAGCCACCUUCUGCCUCAGCCGAGGUGAGAAGAGUAAUUACACAGCGUAGGUUGUUCAAAAAGAUGUGGCAGAAGAAACCAGAGAAAUAUCCUGUAAAAGAUGUAUCCAAUGUUUUCAGUUAAUAGGUCAAUAGGGACUUAAGUGUGUCAAUGGGACUGGUGAAAGAGGCCAUCAUGUGUUGAGGGGACAGGUAUGACACAGAAGGGCUCCAGUGGAGGGAGAAGUAGGCCAUCAUCAUCGUCGUCCUCAUCAUCCUCAGUAGAGCAGCUGCAGAUCCAGGUCACUCCAGCAGCAGGGAAACAACAUUACUAACAGACCAAGUUUGGAGGGUCAUGCAUCACACCGCGACAACAUUCACUAAACAGAGAUUUAAGAUAUUUCGACUUGUCAAAGCAUGAAAAGUACAGAUGUCUGUUGCAAUAUUAAGAUUUCUCUUAAGAUUGAACUGAGUGGCUGGAGGUGUCCACUUAGCUUUGUUAGCCAUAUAGUGUAAAUUAUCAGAUAUAUAUAAUAUAACAGCUGAAAUAUGCUGAUAUGAAGCCGCAACAGCCGCAGGUUAGCUUAGCACAAAGCUUGGAAACGGCAGGAUACAACCAACCUGGCUCUGUCCAAAGGGGAUAAUAUCCUCCUCCUGGCGCCUCGAAGGCUCACGCAAGUUCCACUUUUUGUGUAAUCUGUAAAAAAAAAAAAAAAUCACCAAAUAAUUGGAUUGAUUCCCCAAUUGUCAGACCACUCCUUCAUAUUAUCUUACUGCUGAAUUAAAUGAAUUCACUGUCACUAAUUUCUCAUACAAACAAAUCUUGGUGUAAAGCACAGUAUUAUUCUAAAGGAAAUUACUCGUAAUUCCCAGAAACACUGAGUUAAAAACGCUUCAUGACGCAGCUCUGGGGUUGACGCUUUAGUUUCCCAGAGGAGAUGAAUCGGCAAACAACAGCGACGAAAUGGCCCCUGCAGGCUCCGUCUCCAUGGCUGCCUGGGCUAAGUCUGCUUACUCAGGGGCCCUUCAGGGACAGGUCCCCUCCCAUGGUCCCCUCUCCGUGGCACCAGUCCGCCAUCUUGUUAUUGUCGUCCUCGCUCGAGGUGUAAUGCAGCCGUCGAGGCGCAACUCGCUUCGCGUACAACAAAGUUCAUUUCUGUCCGAUCAGUUUUAGUUUAUAUUGGCGGAGCCCACAGUGGAGCUGUCAUCGUGAGCGUAAUCUGUGCAAAUAGAGCUAGACACACCGUUAGUGCAGCUUUGAAAAGAAACAACAAAAAGCACAACAACAAAAAAGAGACGGAAUAGUCAAACUGGCUGUUAUUUUUGCUUUUUUGCUUUGAUGUCAUUUGAGGUAACUGUUUGUCAAAUGUCAGAGUACUUUUUGUGAAUAUAUGAUACAAAUGUACGAAAAAAAUUACAAAAAAUGGAAAGUUUUAAGUAAGAGCUUUACUUUACGGAAUAACUUUAUCGGCGGAAAAAGAAAAGCAAGAGGUAGAAGAGAUCGUUUAUAGCUCGUCCCCCGAGCUGCUUUGUGAGUCUGUACGUGUUGGUAUUUCUGUUGAUGUUUUCGUCGAGGGAUCCAGAACCGGCUCAGAGUUUGUGCAUUUUCCUUCCACCCGGCUCUGUUUCUGCAUAGCGAGACGAAAAGUAACUGGGAGCAGCAGGUCACUCUGAGGAAGUUGUAGCUGGGCUGCUCCCUAAAAAGCCGCAUAUGUCCAUCCUGUUUGGUUGUGCGCGGAUGGAGGGGAAACAGAAGGACAUGAAGUUGGAGACGUCAAAGCUGGGACUUUGUUUUUGUUCCGCCUCGCUCCCAAGAGGCCUUUUCCCAUUCAACGUUCAAACAUCGCAGGCCUCCAUCACUGGUUUUUACUGGUCUGCUAGCCUGGUAAUGCACUAUUGACUGGUAAAUGAAGAUUAUGAAUAAAGUUUAAAAAACAAAGAGGA